UUCACUUAUGAUACAUUUUUUCGUCGCUAUAUGGAACCCAAUUUACCGUGCAUUUUUCAGUCAUGGCUAACUGCUGAAUGGGCAGCUCGAAAGAUCUGGGUCUUGCAGAAGUUCCUGUUGCUGAUUGUGACCAAAAGCAUUAUAAUUCUCAGCAGAAAGAAACAUUUCUAUUGAAAAACUAUCUCUCUAAGUACUGGCUGAAUCACAAGUGUGAAGAGAACAAGUCCCAUCAAAAAUGCCUCUAUCUCAAGGAUUGGCAUUUUGUGAGAGCCUAUCCUGAAGCCAAGAUUUACAGGACCCCAAUAUUCUUUUGCUCUGACUGGCUGAAUGAGUUCUGGGAGAAGCGUGAGGACAGCCAAGAUGACUAUCGCUUCGUCUACCUGGGACCAAAGGGCAGCUGGACACCAUUCCAUGCAGAUGUCUUCCAAUCAUACAGCUGGUCAGCCAACGUGUGUGGCCGCAAGAAAUGGAUUUUUUUCCCUCCUGGUGCUGAAGAAAGUUUAAAGGACUGUAUGGGUUCUUUGCCUUAUGACAUCGCCAAGAGCGGCCAGAA